AUGACUUCUGAGAGAACACUCGAAAACGAUGACCUCGAGGCCCUCGAAGUCAAGGAACAUCAAGAUACGUCUUCCUCUGAAAAUGGGGGAAAUACCGAGAAAAGCGCUGCUCCAGAAAUUGUUGUACAGGCGGGUAUUGGCCAGGCACUGGCACCCCUGCAUAUUAUUGGCGACCAUUUUUCUGUCACCGACAACGGCGAACUCAGUUGGUAUAUUGCUUCAUUUGCGCUAAUUACCGGAACUUUCAUCCUCGUUGCUGGCCGACUGGGGGACAUGUACGGCUCGAAGAAUAUUCUGAUUAUAGGCUUUGUCAUAUACGGCGUAUGGUCACUUAUUGCUGGUGCAGGCUAUUUUUCUCGAGACAGCGACAAGUUGUUUGUCGUGGCUCGCGCCCUGCAAGGAGUCGGCGCCUCGCUGCUACUACCUAACGCAGUUGCGAUUCUGGGCCGUACCUAUCCGCCGGGAAUGAGGAAAAACAUGGUCAUGAGCUUAUUUGGAGCCUUCGCACCUGGUGGCUAUAUUCUCGGUGCUUGUUUUUCCUCGAUAUUUGCCCAAUUCACCAUCUGGGCCUGGGCAUACUUCGCCAUGGGGAUCGCCUGUAUCGUCCUUGCGACGAUCGCUUACUUUGUUGUUCCGGCUUCUCCCCCAAAGCCAAAUAUCGAUCGACGAUUUGACUGGCUGGGUUUUGGUUUCGGUGUUGCUGGACUGGUUCUGUUCAAUGUGGCAUGGAACCAAGGCCCUAAUGUAGGCUGGAAGACUCCUUAUGUUUACGUUCUUUUGAUUCUCGGAGUUCUUGCCUUCGUAGGGUUUGUUCUCGUGGAGAGACGCUCCGAACGACCGCUGGUCCCAGUACAGCAGCUGAACUUGCAUAUUGCGUUUGUUUUGAUGGCUAUAUUGGCCGGAUGGUCUUCGUUCACCGUGUGGUUGUAUUAUCUAUGGCAAUUCCUGGAGGAACUCCGUGGCGUCACCCCCAUUCUAGCAACCGCUCAAAAUACCCCCUCAGCAAUUUCCGGCUUUGUUGCCUCUGUUACGACGGGAAUUCUCAUCGGGAAAAUUGGCGUUCCGCCAAUAAUGAUCUUGGCCAUGCUCGCUUUCUUGAUCGCAAACGUUCUGGUUGCCACCAUGCCUCUCGACCAGACAUACUGGGCGCAGACAUUUGUGGCCACAGUUAUAGUACCCUGGGGCAUGGACAUGUCGUUCCCAGCGGCUGUGAUUAUGUUAUCGGCUGCCGUCCCUCAGGAACAUCAGGGAAUAGCAGCUAGCUUGGCGCUGACAACGACAAACUAUGCCAUGAGCAUUGGACUCGGUAUCGCCGGAACUGCUGUUAGCAAUCUAGGUGAUGGGACUGACUUGUUUGCUGACUGUCGCCAUGCGUGGUACGUGGCUAUUGGGCUCAGUGGUCUGGGUAUUGUUAUCUCUGCGAUAUCCAUGGUUUAUGAGCGAAUACAUCCGACAUUGAAGCCGCACUAAACUAUCGCUAUCAGCUCCCUAUAAGGGAGCGCUAUUUAAUACAUAGAUUUCUUUUUUCCGCUAGUGAUUGGCCUGCAUUUACAGUUGCAUCGCAAACAGGAGUCGAAUUUAGCAGUAAUAACUCAUUUC